GGUGGUUCGAUCCUGGCAGGGGGCGGGGCUUGAUACAGGAAGUGCUGCUGUAUGCUUGGAAAGCAGAGCUGGGAGUCAGGAACAACAUCUAGUUUGAGAAUGAGUGUCCCUGAUUACAUGCAGUGUGCAGAGGACCACCAGACACUCCUUGUUGUUGUUCAGUCGGUGGGAGUCAUUAAAAAUGAUAAGUUCUUCAAGAUCUUUAAACGCAUCUCAUCUGUUUCUCAAUUGAACGUCAAUAACAAUCAGCGUAUCCUAUAUAUUCGUUAUCGCCAUCAGUACCCUGUUGAAAACAAUGAAUGGGGAGAUUUCCAAACUCAUCGUAAAGUUGUUGGCCUGAUCUGUAUUGCUGAGUGUAAUUCUCCCAGAGAACUGCCACAUACCUUCUUGAAGUUUGACCAGCACAAAGAAGCGUAUAGCUCUACUCUCUACGACUCUCGAUUAUUUAUUUUUGGGCUUCAAGAAGAGUUUGCUGACCAGUCCCGCAUUGAUGUUGCCUCAUACCCUAGCUGUGAAGACUGUGACGCAAUGGUUAAAAGAGUUGAGGAUUUUAUAGAGUCCCUUUUCAUCGUGCUUGAGUCCAAGCGCCUAGAUCGGACUAGCGAGAAGUCUGGAGAGAAGAUUCCGCUGCUAUAUGUCCCAUAUGAAAAGAAAGACUUUGUUGGUCUGGAUCCAGACAGCAGACACUACAAGAAACGUUGUCAGGGCCGUAUGCGGAAACACGUGGGAGACCUCAGCCUCCAGGCUGGCAUGCUGCAAGAUGCGCUGGUACAUUAUCACAUGGCUGUAGAGCUUCUCCGUGCUGUCAAUGACUUUGUGUGGCUUGGAGCCGCGUUAGAAGGUCUCUGCUCUGCUUCAGUCAUCCAUCACUACCCGGCAGGAACAGGAGGCAAGACUGCAACCCGGAGAUCUCAGACUAUCACUCUGCCUGCUGAUGCUGGCAAGAGACAUCGACCUGGUGCUCAGGAGGUCCUUAUUGAUCCAGGUGCCCUGUCUGCUAAUGGCUUUAACCUAGAUGCCAGUACUGAAAUCGGCCGAGCAAAAAACUGCCUGAGUCCAGAAGAUAUCAUUGAGAAAUACAAAGAAGCCAUCUCUUACUAUGGAAAGUCCAAGACAGCUGGAAUUAUAGAACUGGAGACCUGUGUGAAAGCCGUUCGAGUGCUGGCCAUACAGAAACGAAGCAUGGAAGCCUCUGAGUUCCUGCAGAAUGUCGUCUACAUAAACCUGCGCCAGCUUUCUGAAGAGGAAAAGAUCCAGCGUUACAGCGUCCUUUCUGAACUCUACGAGUUGAUAGGCUUUCAUCGCAAAUCUGCUUUCUUUAAACGAGUGGCUGCAAUGCAGUGCGUGGCCCCCACCAUCAUUGACCCUGGAUGGAAGGCAUGCUACAAGCUCCUGCUGGAGACUCUUCCAGGGUAUAGCUUGUCUCUCGACCCCAAUGACUUCACAGGGUCACAUAAAGGCUGGGCUGCCGUGCAGAUGCGUUUGCUUCAUGAACUAGUGUACGCGUCCCGAAGGUUGGGGAAUCCUGCGUUGGCUGUUCGUCAUUUGUCCUUCCUUUUACAGACUAUGCUCGACUUCCUGUCUGAUCAAGAGAAGAAAGAUGUUGCACAGAGCCUGGAAAGCUAUACGUCAAAAUGUCCGGGCUCUAUGGAUCCCAUUGUGCUACCAGAAGGUCUGACACUGCCUCCUGUCCCAUUCACUAAACUGCCGAUUGUCAGAUCCGUGAAACUUCUCAACCUGCCUGCCAUCCUGAGGCCACAGAAGGUGAAAAAUUUAUUGGGUCCAAAACUGUCUACCCGGAGCCCCUUUAUUUACUCUCCGAUCAUCGCACACAGCCGCACUGAGGAUAAGAACAAAAUAGAUUUCCAGUGGGUGCAGGGUGAUGUAUGUGAGGUUCAACUAAUGGUCUAUAACCCCAUGCCGUUUGAACUGCGAGUUGAGACCAUGGGUCUCCUGACAAGUGGAGUAGAUUUUGAAUCACUUCCUGCUGCACUUUCCCUUCCUGCGGAGUCCGGCCUAUAUCCAGUCACACUAGUUGGGGUUCCUAGAACCACUGGACAGAUCACAGUGAACGGUUACCACACAUCUGUGUUUGGCGUGUACAGUGACUGUCUUCUCGAGAAGCUCCCGGGCAUAAAGAAUAAUGGGUGCACUGUGGACGUGAUCCCUGCUUUGCCACGGCUGCAGAUCAGCACCUCCCUUCCCAGGUCAGCUCACGCCUUGCAGCCAUCCACCAGCGAUGAAAUAUCGUCUCAUGUAUCUGUGAAGUUGUACAAUGGAGAGACACAGAAACUUGUCAUACGGCUGGAGAACAUAGGGACAGAGCCCAUUGAGAAACUGGAGGUCACAUCCAAAACGGUUCAUACCAAAGAGAAACUGUAUGGUGACUUCCUCACCUGGGACCUGGAAGAAACGUUUUCUCAGUUCCCGCUAAAACCUGGAAAAACUGCAACAUUUACUGUAUUCAUCAAAGUGAAACUGGACUUCUCUUGCCAGGAGAACCUCCUACAAGAUCUCAAUGACGACGGAAUCAGCGUCAGCGGACUCCCGAUAUCCAGCCCUUUCCGACAAGCUGUCAAGCCGCGAGUAGAAAGUAAACCUAUGAACCCACCAGAGAGCAGCAAAGGCGGUGAUUUUAAUCACAUCAAGACACUGGAAGGCAUUUUGAACUUCAAGUAUUCUGGUGGACCAGGCCACGCCGACGGAUACUAUCGGAACCUCUCCGUGGGAUUGCACGUGGAAGUGGAACCAUCAGUCUUUUUCACCCGUGUCAGCACACUUCCUGCAACGAGCACGCGGCAGUGUCACCUUCUUCUAGAUGUUUUUAACUCAACAGAACACGAGUUAACGGUCAGCGCAAAGGACAACGAAGGCCUCAUUCUCCACGCAGGAGAGUGUCAGCGAAUGGCUAUCCAGGUGGACAAGUUUAACUUUGACAGCAUUUGUGAGCCAUCCGAGGAGAAGUUACAGUUUGCCAACCAAAAAGAAAUCGAGGAGGAACGGCACCAAGCGAAAGGUUUAGAAAUCAAUAGCAAACUGGACAUCCGCUGGAAGAUUCCGUCCGUAAAGCGUGAAGGAGAAGCAAGCGUAGAGGGAGUGCUAAAUCAACUUGUUCUUGAGCACCUACAGCUGGCUCCUCUCCAGUGGGAUGUGUUAGUCGAUGGAAAACCUUGUGACUGCGAUGUCAUCGCAGACUGUAAAGUUGGGGAUCCUAUUCACCUCGAAGUUAAGUUGACGAACUGCAGUAAGAAUGUGGUGGGUCCGUUUGCGCUGACAGUGAUUCCAUUCCAAGAUUACCAGAACGGAAUACACAACUAUGAACUUGGGGAUAUUGUCACGUUUGUGGGAUCCAACACGUUUUACAUCAACUCGGUCCAACCCACAGAGCAUUCCGUGUGCAUUGGGGCCCUGCUAUUCCUCUACAACGGGGAUUUUUAUCUGGAUAUCAAAUUUCAAGACGACAACUCUGACCGAGAGCUUCCUCUGUCUUGGUUUUGCCUUCCUAGUGUUCAUAUCCGCGCUGUAGAUACCAUUCAUGAAGCACAGCUUUAAAUUAACAUUGUUAAUCAUGUCUGCUUGAAAUUACACUGCUAAAUUUUGUGUUACAUAUUCCUGUUUCCUAAAUAAAUAUUCCCUUUCCCCUGAAA